AUGCCAGUUGAGGUGUAUGUACACCUCAGGUACGCCUCGCUCGAGGCUUUGUUGGCUUCUUCUGCUGCCACUUUUACUUCUUUUCCAGAAUCAAAUCAAAAAGAAGCCCCCCAUGGAGUUGCACAAGAAGCAGGCUGCGCCAGCAGCAGCAGCAGCAGCAGCAGCAGCAGCAGCAGCGGGAGGGGGGAGCAUGAGGGCGCGGACGGCGCCGCUGAGGUGUCUAGGCAGCUCUUUAGGUUUUGGGCCUGCUGUACUGACACCUCAGGCCAAGUGCAGCAGGAGCAGCAGCAGCAACAGCAGCAGCAGCAGCAGCAGCAGCAGCAAGUCUCUUCAGACUCUGUUUACACUCUGGCUGUGCCGCAGCCGCGUCUACCAUCUCCCGAGCUAAGCUUAUCUGCAGCAGAAGCCCCAGCAGCAGCAGCAGCAGCAACAGCAGCAGCAGCAGCAGCACAACCACCAGAAUCGGGUGCAGCAGCAACAACAACAGGAGCGGAUGCAGCAGUAGCAGCAGCAGCAGCAGCAGCAGCAGAUUCGAGCACGAGUUUCGGUCUGCAGCAAAAAGAGCUGAAGCCUCUCGCCAGAUCGGAACGAGGCCAUGCAAUUAGAAGCAAAGCCAGCAGCAGCAGCAGCAGCAGACACAGCAGCAGCAGCAGCAGCAGCAGUAGCAGCAGCAGCAAAGCGACCUCAACAGCAGCAACAGCAGCAGCAGAAGCAGCAAAAAGGAAACCGCGAGAAGCAAAAAGAAGCAAAGAGGCAACUGCAGCAGCAGCAGCACGUGUGGCUUCCCCCACAGCAGCAGCAGCAGCAGCAGCAGCCGCUGCAGCAGCAGCAGCAGCAGCAGCAGCAGCAGCAGAAGCAGCAGCAGAAGCAGCAGAUGCUGAGGGGAAUUCGGGGUCCCCACAAACGCCCCUGUUGCCUCUGCUGCGUGGGAGCGGCGCUGUAGUGGACACAAAGACAACCAGCAGCAGCAGCAGCAGCAGCAGCAGCAGCAGCAGCAGCAGCAGCAGCAGCAGUAGCAGCAGCAGCAGCAGCUUUGCUGCUGCUUCGCCAAAAGCAGCAGCAAAGCACAGCCACCAGGAAAGGGAGAGGCAGCAGCAGCAGCAGCAGCAGCAGCAUUCCCACUCCCAGAACCAGCAGCAGCAGCACUACCACUACCAGUACGUGCAGCAGAAGCAGCAGCAGCAGCAGCAGCAGCAGCAGCAGCAGCAGCAGCAGCAGCAGCCACCUCCUCUUAGGGUUGCCUCUCCCCCCCCUCUUACUCCAACAAAGCCGCCCCUCUAUGCCCAUGACCUGCAGCACAAGCAGCAGCAGCAGCAGCAGCAGCAGUGGCAUUAUCAACAGCAGCAUCACUACCAGCAGAACUACCAGCAGCAGCAGCAGCACUACCCGCAGCAGCAGCAGCAGCAGCAGCAGCAUUCCCACUCCCAGAACCAGCAGCAGCAGCACUACCACUACCACAACAGGGGCUUCAGCCUCCCUGUGGCUUCCCUGGCGAGCCUCCUGCCCUCCUAA